AAGGGUCAAACAGUCAGACAGGGCCUGUUUACAGAAAAGCUCAACUAUCGCUAACCUUAAUCUUUUCGAAUAAUGUAAUGUUAAAACGGGACGAUGCCUCUAAACAGUGCGUUUGUCUUAAAUUUAGUUGAGAAAAAUAUGAUUCCAACUUCUUUUUCAUCUAAAUUCGUCUCGGCGUAGAUUGUAGCAUCUUCGGCCUGGUUUAGCCUAGCUAGCUUAGCUUUGUAGCCGCUAACAAAAAGAUUUCGAGUUCGGGAUCUAACACAUCGCCAAGUUGCCAGAGAUCAACUGGAGGCCGAAAGAAAGUGUGUGAACCAUUCUGGUAAACAACCCAAAAGUACGAGGAGGGAUUUUGUGGAACAAAAGAGGAGAACUAGCGAAAAGGUCGACAAAGCGACGCAGUUUGUUUGCAAAAUCAAAAUGCAGUCGAGAGUUGGAUUCGGCACAGCAGACAUCAGUGAAGCCAUCAGUCCUGAGUGGAAGGAGCCAGAGCCCCCAACCAUGAAACUAGAAGCUGAGGACGGUGAAGUCCUCCACAUGCAAGAAGAAGGGGAAAUGGCGUUCCUUCAUAUUAAAGAGGAGGAUGAGGGGCUUUGGCUCAACAUCAAAGAGGAAGAGGAAGAUCCAACUUACAGUGAAUGGGAGAGCAACCUCAGCAAAUUGCAAUGGGAUAGUGUGCCUUUGAAGACAGAAGAUGAUGAAGGUCCAAGCGAGGCAUGCAGCAGCAGCUCAAGUCAACACAUGACAACAGAAGCGGAUGGAGAGCACCGCGAAGGAUCACGAGGCGACGGACUCUUAGCCCCGCUGUCGGAUAGCGACGACGCAAUGUCACGCCUUGCUCACGACGAUAAUUGCGACGAGUCCGAGGGCACAGGUGACAAACGCUGGAGUUGUUCCCAGUGUGAGAAAACCUUUGUAUCUAAGUGGGAUUUGAAGCAACAUGUGAGAAUACACACGGGAGAGAAACCUUAUGCUUGCUCGGUGUGCGGUCAGAGUUUCUCUCAAAGGGGAUAUUUAAAAGUACACUCUCGAACGCACACCGGUGAAAAACCAUUUUCCUGCUCUGUUUGUGGACAAACGUUCUCUGUGAAGGGGAAUUUGUUAAGACACUCAAGAACACACACAGGAGAGAAACCUUUCGCCUGCUCAGUUUGUGAUCAAAAAUUCUCAAAUAAGGGAAAUUUGUUAAGACAUGCAAGAACACACACUGGCGAGAGACCUUUUUUCUGCCUAUUUUGCGGUCAAAGGUUCUCUCACAAUCAACACUUAACCAUACAUACGCGAAUCCACACUGGAGAGAAACCAUUCGAGUGUUCGGAUUGCGGUCAAAGAUUCACCCAGAAGGGAGACUUAAAAAUGCACACUAGAAUCCACACUGGGGAAAAACCUUUUCCCUGCUCUGUCUGCGGUCAAAGAUUCUCUCACAAGGGGAAUUUGAUCCGGCACACGAGAACGCAUGUCGGAGAGAAACCUUUUUCCUGUGCAGUUUGCAGUCAAAAGUUCUCUCAUAAAGGAAACUUGAUGAGACAUGAGAGAACGCACGUUGAGAAGAAACAGUUUUCCUGUUCGGAUUGCGGUCAAACAUUCGCUGUUGAGAGAAACUUGACAAAACACAAAAGAGUACAUACAGGAGAAAAACCUUUUUCCUGCACGGUUUGCGGUCAAACGUUCCCUCACAAGGGAAGCUUGCUAAGACACACAAGAACGCAUAGAGUGGAGAGAAAACUUUUGCCUGCUCCGAUUGCAGUCAAAGAAUCACUCUGAAGGAAGGGCUUGGGCAAAGACACAAACAUGCUGAUGAAAAAAGCCUAGCAUCAUUUAACCUAUUGGCCGUCAUAGGCAAACCAGAGUUGCUUGAAAAAGAUGUUUUUACAUCAACCGCUCAUAACUUGAGCAUAUUACCAUUGAAAAUACUCAAACUAAGUUUAACACAUCACCUUACCCAUCCCCAGAUUAGCUUGAAUGUUUUAAUAAAAUAAAUUAUUUGCUGCAAUUGACAGUGAUAGAUGAACCAGAGUUGCUUCAAAAUUAGCUGUUUUUACAACAAGCAUACAUAACUAGCAUAUUCACACUUACAACUCUCAAAUUAAAGAAAUACAUAAAUACCUUUAUUACUCCCAAAUCUAUGCAACCCCAAAAGGGUCCAAAUUAAAUAAAACAUCAUUUUGAAAUAAAUACCAUUUUGAUGAAGAACAAAUUUUGUAAUAUGCAAUAUUUGAUCAUUUUACAAAAAAGCAUUUUUCAGUUUUUUUUUUUUUUUUUUCAAUUUCAUGCCUUUUCAUUUCAUAAUGUCGUUUUUCAGCACAAUGAGAUUUUACAAGAUAAAAGCAUUUUUACAUUUUUUUUCCAUAAUGCCUUUUUUCACAAUGACAUUUUUACUUCAAUGUCAUUUUUCAGCCAAAUAAAUUGUCUUCUGUCAAUCAAAUACAUUAAGGGCGGAGUCAGUUAAGCAAUAGCGUACCACACGUAACAUGGCACCUUUGCUCUUUAAUAUUCAUGACGUUAGCAACUGUUUCGGGGGGGUCCAAACUCACGUUUGUCCCUCAUGCUAGAUGCAUGUAAAUAGCGUACAAAUCAGAUGCUUAAUAAGCUAAACCUACCAAUUAUGUCCGAAAAUGAUGUCCCUGGUGCCAAAUUCACUAGUAAAGAUGUGGAAGAACAUAGACAUGUUUAGUUAAAGAGAUGGCUUGAGUGCCAGGGCUGAAAAAGAUAGGAAAAAGUGCCGACCUGAACCAGAUGUAGCUUUUUUUAUCGAUAUCUUUUUCUUGUGUUCAUUACCUUACACUACUGCCAAUGACAUUCUCCUAUUUCAACAAGCUAUCCUUUACCACCAUGUGCCUUGUCGUUCUUAUAUUUUGUAUCCUCUGGUUGUCUUACAUCUCUACGACCGUUCUUGGGGGUAAUUUAUAUGGCUAUUUUUGUGAAGCUAUCGCAAAUGCUACUCAGUGACAGCCAACGAACAGUUUUAUUUUUUUUUCCAUUAAUAACAAAUUUUAAUUCUAUUAAUUUAUUUUAUUUACACUUCCCCCUUACUAAGAUUGUUUCUUUACAACAGAAAAGGUAAAGCUGUCAAAUCUAGAGCCUACCUGUGGGCAUGAACAGGCUUACUACAAAAAGACAAAGGCCAAACUUGGCUAAUUUAUUUAAAUAUCCGUAUUUUAGAAAAAUGGGCCAACAUGACUUGUGAUAUAUAAAUAAAACAAAUUUUACGUCAUACAUUGUCAGACAGAAGCAGCACGGCCAAACGCCACGCUAAAAAAUAAGUAAAAUUAUUAAAAUGGCUUACCUCUUCGUGGCAGGCAAUGGAUCAGGGUUCUCAUCUGUAGGACCAUGGCCUCCAACAAAUGUUGACUGCAUAUGAAGGUGAAUGGCUUCACUUAUAUGGCGUUAAACUGGUCUAUUGGACGUCCGCACAAGUUGACCCAUUGUUCACAUUUUUUUCCUCCGAGUUUUUGGCUUCCGGAAACGUAUGAAGAAAACAUCCUUCAUAUGUGAACGGUCGUAAUGUCGAGAUUCGUUUCUACAAGUUCCAUAGCAGCAGUGUUUACUCAGUGUUUACUUCUUUUUUAAAAAAGAAUGGCGGCAGAAAACAAGCAGUACUAGCAUGGGUUGUAUGUGAGUGUGCUUGUAUGUUGACCCCCUUCUGGUUUACGAUGGGACGUCACGCUGCCUUGCGACCUAAAAAUAGCAUUCAUAUGGUAUGCUAUUGGCUGGAUUGUAGAGUCUGGUCGUUAGUAUUUGGUAAUGUUGAUGAACUGUUAGGAAAACUUCCAGAAAGCAUCUUAUCAAAAACAGACUGCUGCUGAAAUCGUUGCCCAGGCUGAGGUAAAAGCCUAAAGUACUAUCCAACUGGACCGCAACUUUUCUGAGUGACUGAGAGUGAUGCUAUGGAAUGCCUGCGCAGAUAGCCAGACUAUCCAGCCAAUUCCUUAACUGACUAUGACUCCGCCUUAUGUAUUAGAUUGACCAAAGAAUAUUAAUUGGGUUCAAAAACGACAUUAUGAAAUAAGGCUAUUGUGGAAAAAAGCAUUGUGAAAUUAAAAAAAAAAACUUUGAAAAAGGCUUUUUUCUUGUAAAAUCUUUUUCAUAAUAUUACACAAUUAGUUUGUUGUCAAGAUCGUAUUUCAAAAUGUUUUAAAUUGAUUUGUACUGUUUUGGAGUUUCAAAUCAGCUGGAAUGUUUUUAUAAAAUAAGUCAUUGGCUGACAUUGACGGCAAUAGACGUCCAAUCCAUUUGGACUAUUGCUGUAAAUGCCAAUGAAUGAUUACACCUGCACACACACAAUUUUUUUAAAAUAGCAAAAUGUUUUUAAAAGUGGAAAAAAUCAAGGAAGAAAAAUGGUAAGAAAUCAGUUCCUUGCACGGGCCACAAGCAAUGAUGUAACAGGCCUUGGUUUUGACACCCAUGCUUUCAAUGACAAUGUAAAUGUUUAAUAACUUUGAUUUUUUUAAAUGUCUCCAUUGUUGUAUAUUAUCUAGCAUUUUAAAAUGUUUUUAUUGUAUCUUCCGUAGACCAGUACUGAUUUAACACUAGCGUUAGAAAAAGUAAAGCAAUAAUUAUGUUGUACUAAUAUCUAACAAGUGAACCAUUUAAAUUGACUGAAUAUUCACUCUUAAAAAAUAUUGCCGUUUCUGAAUAAAAUAAGGUUCUUGAAUCAUGUGUCUUGUUUCAUUAAUGACAACAGGGUUAACGCAGUUUUUACAGUGACCACACUUCUUAUAACACUAAUGCCAAAUGAAUUUAGUACAAGUCUAUAAACAUGCGCACUAUUUCGCCCGCACAGUUUCAUACGCAGGAGCUCAAUUUCCCCCCUC